AAAAAAAAAGGAGGCCAAACAAAACCCCACAAGACACAUUUGGCUAUGACCUACGAGUUUGUCAGGCAUUUCUUCCAACCUUCCCUCCCUUUGACCAAGAAACAGUGUCCUCUGUUUUAGGCCCUGGGAAAUUCAGUAGCGAGCAGGCCAAACAGCUUCAUUGCAUCAUGGGGGGCUCUGGUACUGUGCUUCUCCAACUUCAGGAUGUGUAGGAAUCACCUGAGCAGUCUUGUUGAGAGGCAGACUCUGACUCGGGAGAUCUGGAGUAGGGCCUGAACAUUUGCCUUUGUGGUUCUAACAAGCUCUCAGGUGAUGGCGAUGCUGCUGUUCCCUGGCCCCUCCUUUAAACAGGGCUGCUCCGUAAUCUCAAGAGCAGCAGUUAUUUGAAGGAGCAGGACUACGGCACUUGCCAUGAAGGUAUGUUUGGCAAGCACACUUUUACUUAGAUUUUAAUUCAUUUGGGGUGGGUUGGCUGAGAGCUGACAGCAUUGGAAGCGAGUGUUAAGGCUCUCCCAAACUACCUGUUGGUGUGCCAGGUCCCUGCUCAGCUUAUAUUCUAGGUGAGGUGGAGGUGGAUGAAAGUCUAAGGAAAAGCUUCCUGGAGGAGGCGCAAGUGAACUGCAGGAGCUUUCCUGGACGCCCAAGAAAGGGAGAAACCCUAAAGAAAUUCCUCCCGUCUUGGGGCCGGGUUUCCGCAUCCAAGCCGGGUUUGGUUUCCCAGGCUAUCCCACGUGUUCGGACGUCCCUGUCAAUCAAGUUUUCCCCGGCUGGGUCCGGGUUUAAAGGCGGCUGCGGGGCAGGGCGCUCCCAUGGUGCCGCGCGGCGGGCGGGUUUGGAUUUUAAAUCCCCGCGACCAAUCAGUAGCGCGCAGGCUUUUGUAACGUUCCCAGCGCCGCGUUUGAAUUCGAGGAGGAGCGGAGCCUCUGCUGGGAUCGAGGUCUGCAGAGCAGCUCCGAGAGCAUGAGUGCGGCGGUGACUGCGGGAAAGCUGGCACGAGCACCGGCCGACCCUGGGAAAGCCGGGGUCCCAGGAGUUGCAGCUCCCGGAGCUCCGGCGGCGGCUCCACCAGCGAAAGAGAUCCCGGAGAUCUUAGUGGACCCACGCAGUCGGCGGCGCUAUGUGCGGGGCCGCUUUUUGGGCAAGGGCGGCUUUGCCAAGUGCUUCGAGAUAUCGGACGCGGACACCAAGGAGGUGUUCGCGGGCAAGAUUGUGCCUAAGUCUCUGCUGCUCAAGCCGCACCAGAAAGAGAAGAUGUCCAUGGAAAUAUCCAUUCACCGCAGCCUGGCCCACCAGCACGUCGUAGGAUUCCACGGCUUUUUCGAGGACAACGACUUCGUGUUCGUGGUGUUGGAGCUAUGCCGCCGGAGGUCUCUCCUGGAGCUGCACAAGAGGAGGAAAGCCCUGACUGAGCCUGAGGCCCGAUACUACCUGCGGCAGAUUGUGCUUGGCUGCCAGUACCUGCACCGAAACCGAGUUAUUCACCGAGACCUCAAGCUGGGUAACCUUUUCCUGAAUGAAGAUCUGGAGGUGAAAAUAGGGGAUUUUGGACUGGCAACCAAAGUCGAGUAUGACGGGGAGAGGAAGAAGACCCUGUGCGGGACUCCUAAUUACAUAGCUCCCGAGGUGCUGAGCAAGAAAGGGCACAGUUUCGAGGUGGAUGUGUGGUCCAUUGGGUGUAUCAUGUAUACCUUGUUAGUGGGCAAACCACCUUUUGAGACUUCUUGCCUAAAAGAGACCUACCUCCGGAUCAAGAAGAAUGAAUACAGUAUUCCCAAGCACAUCAACCCCGUGGCCACCUCCCUCAUCCAGAAGAUGCUUCAGACAGAUCCCACUGCCCGCCCAACCAUUAACGAGCUGCUUAACGACGAGUUCUUUACUUCUGGCUACAUCCCUGUCCGUCUCCCCAUCACCUGUCUGACCAUUCCACCGAGGUUUUCAAUCGCUCCCAGCAGCCUGGACUCCAGCAACCGGAAGCCCCUCACAGUCCUCAAUAAAGGCUUGGAGAACCCCCUGCCUGAGCGUCCCCGGGAAAAAGAAGAACCAGUGGUUCGAGAGACGGGUGAGGUGGUCGACUGCCACCUCAGUGAUAUGCUGCAGCAGCUGCAUAGUGUCAAUGCCUCGAAGCCCUCAGAGCGUGGGCUGGUCAGGCAAGAGGAGGCUGAGGAUCCUGCCUGUAUCCCCAUCUUCUGGGUCAGCAAGUGGGUGGACUAUUCGGACAAGUACGGCCUUGGGUAUCAGCUGUGUGAUAACAGUGUGGGGGUGCUCUUCAAUGACUCAACACGCCUUAUUCUCUACAAUGAUGGUGACAGCCUGCAGUAUAUAGAGCGUGAUGGCACUGAGUCCUACCUCACCGUGAGUUCCCAUCCCAGCUCCUUGAUGAAGAAGAUCACCCUCCUUAAAUAUUUCCGCAAUUACAUGAGUGAACACUUGCUGAAGGCAGGUGCCAACAUCACACCACGUGAAGGCGAUGAGCUUGCCCGGCUGCCCUACCUGCGGACUUGGUUCCGCACCCGCAGUGCCAUCAUUCUGCACCUCAGCAAUGGCAGCGUGCAGAUCAACUUCUUCCAGGAUCACACCAAGCUCAUCUUGUGCCCACUGAUGGCAGCCGUGACCUACAUUGACGAGAAGCGGGACUUCCGCACGUACCGCUUGAGUCUCCUGGAGGAGUAUGGCUGCUGCAAGGAGCUGGCCAGCCGGCUCCGCUAUGCCCGCACUAUGGUGGACAAGCUGCUGAGCUCGCGUUCAGCCAACCGCCUCAAGGCCUCCUAAUAGCCUCCCUCCCCUCCGGACUGGUUCCCUCCUCACUCCCACCUGCAUCUGGGGCCCACACGGGUUGGCUCCCAUGGUGCCAUGUCUGCAGUGUGUCCGCCAGCCCUGGGGGCUGUGCAGAGCUGCAUUAUCCUUGCAGGUGAGGGUUACUGUGUAAGUUAUUUUUGUACAUGUUCAGGUGUGGGUUCUAUAUCCUUGUCUGUUCCCCAAAACCCCACCGUAUGAAUUGUACAGAAUAUUUCUAUUGAAUUUGGGACUGUCCUUUCCUUGGCUUUAUAUACAUUAAACAGAUGCGAAUCUUC